AUGGAAAGUACUGGAAGCAAAUUGCAGACAUCCUCGAAAGCUAGAACCAACAUAACUGUUAUAGAGGAUAUCAUCUACAUUCAGAACUUCGGAGCCAGAACCACCAAGGUGCAAAGCACACCUGCCAUCACACUAGAAACUGAGAGUAGGCUAUCCGUAAGUGUCAACAAACAAGAUGUCUCAUGCAGGUUGACUCCGCGUGUCCCACAAAGCAAAGCUUACACGGAGGUUUCCCACUACGGGCGGGUCCUCCUUGCCGGCACCGUUCAAUCCGCCAGAGCGGUCAGUCCGGCGCCGAAGUCUCCAUCGGGAAAUAUGGAAAUCCCCUCUCUUCAGGACCCUGAUGAGGGUCGCAGGAACUUGUCUCUAUUGGAGCUUCUAUUUGCAAGGGGAUACAGGAUAAGCCUAGAACAACCUUCGAUACGGGGUGAAGCAUUCUCAAAGUCUCCUGAAACUUAG